AUGGGUGGUAUUCCCCAACAUGAGACCAACUUGAAGGAGGAGGAGUCGAUCGUCACAAACAACUUUUUCGUUGGGGCCAUUCAGAAGGUGAUAAUAAAUGGAGCAGAACUAGUUUUGGCGGGACCGCACCCAUCUGACAGCGAAAAGGGGGCCACUGAACUCUGGGAAAACGUUCAUCAAUGGCAGGGUCCGCCGUGUGGGGAGGACUUCGCCGCCUGUGAUAGCGAGCCGCUACGCAAAAUCUGCCGUCCGCAUGGGGAGGCUUACACCUGCAGCUGUUCGACACCACUGAUGCACUCAGUGUUUGUGCAACGACUGACAAGCUCCCUGGGGAAGGUCGAGUUGAGCAUCCAGGACCAGAAACGCAUCUCUGUAGAGGCUGAAGAAUUGGCUUGUGCUGAACGUGCGCUUGGCGAAGUGCAGCACGAUGUACCGGAGGAUAACACCAUACGCUCCUUCAGCCAGAAGGAUUCACGACAACUAAUCGCAAAUGAGCCCUCAGCGGCGGAAGGCGCAGACGCACUAAAGUUCAGCACAAGUGUGAACUUUAACGGCAGUACAAUCCUAAAGUACAGUAACAUGCUCACCACCAGAAAAAUGGACAUGUUGACCAACAACAUGCGGAUCUUCAUUCGGACCCGAUCCGAAAACGGUCUUCUUCUGCUCAUUCAAAACAGCGAUCGUCACUCCUCACAUGGCCAAGAAUUUCUAGUUCUGGCUGUUCGCAGUGGCCAUCCGGAGGCCUUUCUACGUCUUCAUAAGAAAGAUUUUCAAUACCCGACGGACGGAUAUCAAGAAGCAACAGUUCAAGCGAAGACCUACGUCUCUGACGGGAAGUGGCAUGACAUCCAGCUGCUAAGGUAUUCCGGUGACGAUUCAUCGUGA